AUGGCGAAGAGCAGGGCCGAGCUACGCCAUAUCGUCCGCCUUGCCACUGUGCGUGAAGACGGCUAUAGCGCUCCCUGGAAGGCCUGCUCGUGCACGGCGUGGAACCUCAUGGGCGCCGUGUACUUCCGCAGGGCAUAUGGCGGUCACAUCGAAGUUUCGAUUUUCGACACGGCUCGCAACCUAUCAGUCUGCGAGGGCUUCGCCGUUUUCCACGCCCAGUAUUCUUCUGCUGCUGCUUGUCACGGCUGUGAUGCUCCGUGUCCAGGACGGAAUUGUUCGCCGUUAGGCUUCGAUUGCCGCGAAGGCAGCUAG